AUGGACCCGAUAAUCCAUCCGGUAUUCGAGCCAACAACAUGCUCCUGGCAAUAUGUCGUAGCAUGCCCCAUAACAAGGGCCUGUGUGAUCAUAGAUCCUGUCCUUGACUUCGACCUAGCGCAGUUCAGAGUCACCACCGAAUCCGCCGAAUCCCUUUUGGACAUCGUUACCACGCAGGAAUAUGCCGUUGCAUACCUCCUUGAAACACACAUCCACGCGGACCACCUAUCAGCGGCAUACUAUAUACAGUCUACACUUUGGGCAAGAGGCCAACCACACGCACCGAUUUGCGCUGGCGAGAACGUGACCAUCGUGCAGAAGAUGUUCGCUCACAAAUACAACAUUCCCAAGGAAGAGUUGGAAAACUCCUUCGAUCAUCUUUUCCACCCGGAUGAGACGUUUCGUGUUGGUGAGUUAACCGGUGUCGCGAUGUAUCUACCAGGCCACACGGCAGAUCACGGAGGAUACAAAAUUGGACCGAAUGUGGGAGAUGCGAGGACUUUAUGGAAGUCUUCGCAGGGAUUAUUGAAUCUCCCGCCUGAGACGCGGCUGUAUGUUGGGCACGAUUACCCUCCUUCCAAUGAAGCGACAGGAAGAAAUCCUCUAUCAUUCGUUACUGUUCAAGAGCAGAAGGAAACUAAUAAACAUUUGAAGAAUGGAUCUAAGGAAGAGGAUUUUGUUGAAUGGAGACAUCAGAGAGAUCAUGUCAUUAGCGAACCUCAAAUGAUGCACCAGGCAAUUCAGGUGAACGUUCGAGGUGGGAAAAUGCCAGGCAGAUCCCAUGAGGGGAAGGCUAUUUUACAGUAUCUCGUCACUGUCCCCGCGAAUUUAUUGACGGGAUCGACUCGGAAGUGA